AUGCGAGAGAAGCAGAUGCGUAAGCUGGCUCAGAAAGAAAUGGACAAGAUGUGGUAUGAAGUCGUGAUGAAAGAAUCUGAAGCACUAGCUGCCCGCGCGGAGUAUGAGACUGUCGAACGUUAUCGUCGAGACCAGGAAGCAAAACAGCUCUCACUUGACAUAAUAGAACAACGGCGUUUAAAGCGAGCUAAGGAACAAGAAAUGUUGAAGCAAGAAACCCUUAGAUUGAAGGCGAAGUUCGAAGAUGACAAUAGAAAAGCUGCAGAAGAGGAACGGCAGCGCCAAGAGUAUAAGCGAGAGGUGGUUAGAGAAAUAAAUAAUGUGAUGGAAGACCGUAAGAAAGUUCUCGCUCAGAGAAAAGAAGACGCACGGGUCAUUUCAAGUACAUGGGACUCCCUCGCAGGUCAAGGUUUGGCUAAUGAAAAUGCUAAAGAGCAACGAAGGAGACGAAAACUGAGGGAACUAGGCGAAUGUAAUCGCCACAUGAUAGAAUUGAAGAAUAAUUUAGAAGAGUUUAAGAACAUCAGUGAUCCGCUUAUAUUUGAAGAAGGCCAACGGCGACAAGACGAGGUCGACCUGAAACGAUGUCGAUAUCGUGUUUACACACGGAAACUUAGUAAGGACAUCGGUGCCCAUAUUCAGAACCAAAUAAAAGAGAAAGAAGACGCCUUAAAAAAUCGUUGUGAUGAAACAGAAGACUAUAAUAAGCAAGUGUCCGAACAAUUAGAAAAGUUAGUCAAACAUAAGGAAUUAACUGACUCACAAGCACGAAAAUUGGACCAAAAAGACAUUCAGCGUCAGAUAGAAUACAAUAGAGUACUUCAGGAAAGAGCGAGACAAGAUGCAAUUCUAGAACAAAAGAAGUGCCAAAUUGCAAGAGAUCAGUAUCAAGAAGAAAUAAAAAAGAUGCUGUCCAGACCAUUCUUCAGCGAUCACGUGCACCCAUUUAUGAAGCAGAUGGCGUCAGGAUUGAAGAUGUGCCGCUGUCGUGCAUGUCCGAACUACUGCUUAUAUCCUUCUAACAAUUAA